AUGAAUGAAAGCCUAGCUGCUCGCCAGGAAGCUCUGCAGCGACAGAACCAGGAGCUGAACCAACAGGUGGAAGCCAUCGAGCAGCGUCGACAGCAGCACUUGGCUCCUGCUAGCAGACCCUCGUCGUCCUCGUCCACGACGUCGCUACGUGGAACUCGAGCCGCGUCGCCGCAGAUUGAGUCGCCCAUAAGGAAAUCCAAGUCGGUACAUCAGGACGAAAGCCAUGAUCAGCACAGCGAUUCAAAGUCGGGUCUGGAGAUCCAUUUGAGCGCAUCCAUCGACUCCUUGAGCUCUCAGGACCUGAAAGAGGCGCGCCGCCAACUCACCAAGAGCGAGGGCAAGGAGAAGGUGGUGGCGAGCUCGAGGAGUAAUUCCGCCAAACGAUCUCAGCGCCAGAAGAAGCAAACAGGGAGCGAAACUCCGCCUCAAGAUGCGCCUCGCAGCAAGAAGAAAAGCUCAAUUGGUGGUGACAGCCCCGACAACGCUGACCCCAUUCGAGGCCACGAUCCGGAAGGUCUGGGCCUCGAGGCUACCGUUCGGUACCAAAAAGCGCGUCUGCGUGUAUUGCAGGACGAAGCCGAUGCAGCCGUGGCCCAAACGGAGCAAUUGCAAGCAGCUCGAAGCGGCUUGAAGUCCGCGAUAGAAACCCUUAAGACGGAGAAUGUGACACUCACCAAGAAGAUGCAGCAGAUACAGAUGCUGCUUGAAAAGCAGCGAGAGCUCUCUGUUGCCCAGGAGGCUAAGCAGAGGAUUCUGGAGGGACAACUCGCAGCGGCUCAAGCGCGAGUCGAAGAGACUCAACGCGCUGAAAAGUUCGCGUCGCAGCAGAUUCGCUCGAAAGACAUCCGUCUCAAUCGCGCGCUGGAGGAGAUUGAGAAGGUGAAGGCGCAGCUUCAGGACGAAAAGAAGAACCAUGGCGAGCAGAUGGUCACCAAAGCUGAGUACGAUCAGGUUGUACGGGACAACAAAAAGCUCGACAAGCAAAAGGGCGAACUACUGGCCGCUUUCAAGAAACAGAUGAAGCUCAUCGACCUACUCAAACGCCAGCGAAUUCACAUGGAGACCGCCAAAAUGCUUUCAUUUACAGAGGCGGAGUUCAGCAAGACACUGGAGCUGGGCUAA